CUUUCUCCGGAAGUAUAGUCAAUUUUUUAUUCACAGGAAAAAAAACACAGCUGGUAUUGGAAAAAAAAGAAAACACCGAAAAUGCCAGCCUCAGAGAGAGGAACAGAUCCUCUCGACCCUCUACCCAAGAUGAGGAAGUUGGAUGAGGAUGGCAAAGCAAAUCAAAGUGGACCCGCACCAGCUGCCAACAACAGGUCCCUAAAAGAAAUACAUAUGCAAGAGCAGACAGUCGCCCCUCGGACCAAGAGAAAAUUGUCGGCCUCGUCUGAGGAGGGAGACAAACCAGCCAAGGCGUACCGACGGGGUUCCCCUGUUAACGAAUCCAGCACAAGCACUUUAGAUUCAUCUGCCAUGAAAGCCACAAGUGCCUCCUGCGGAGAAGUUCCAUUAGAUGGUGCUAUCUUCAACGUUUACCCUGUUGGGUCGACUUCCUCUGAGUCUGAUGACAACGCUAAGACUGACCUUACAGGUAGCGGUGACACUCCUUGCAUCAGGCAAUAUUCUAACCAAGUCCCAGCUAAGCGCAAGGCUGAAGACGAGUCAUGUUGCGACUCACUGGAGGUGAGUACAAAGUUACAUACAGAAACUCCGAUUGAUCACAGCUAUGGAAGAGCAUCAGAUUUGAGCCAUGACAACACAGCGGGGGCGACUGCGGAGGAAUACAAAGAAUCCUCAUCAAAGAGACACAAAAAUAUGUCAAACACGGAUAAUUUAAAGGACACUUUAGGUUCUGAAACGGUCAGUCUCAAAUUUGCAGCUAAAGAAAAGGACAUAAAAGAAGCAGACAAGCAAAUGUUUACGGACAACAAAACCAUUGCACCAUGCGCAGAAGUUGUGACUAAUAAAAACCAAAGCGAUUUAACUGUCGAAGCUCGACCCUUGUCAUCAGCCACAUGUUGCAGCAACGGAGAAGUACACCAGCACUCUACAGACGACGAACCAAGAUGUCGAAACAGUGAUUUAAAAGAGACUGCUACUAGGGAAACAAUGCACAAUUUUUUACAGAAAACACUGGAGGGUGAGACUAAAACUGAGGGGGACAAUGUCUCUGUGGGGUCUGAGAAUGUAUGUGGAGAACAUCAAGAACCCUUCUUUAACUGCUCCCCAGAAGAAGUCUUAAUAGAAAGUUGUCAACUUGGCAGUCAGAGUGAGGGGAAUCAAACAAUAAUGGUGUCUGAUGGAAACCCAGAGAGCUGCAUUGAAGAAAAUCAAACAAUAAUAGAAUCUGGAAAGAACCCAGAGAACUACUGCCGUGAAGAAAAUCAAACUAUAAUAGAAUCUGCAAAGAACCCAGAGAACUACUGCAGUGAAGAAAAUCAAUCUAUAAUUGAAUCUGGAAAGAACCCAGAGAACUAUUGCAGUGAAGGAUAUCAAUCUAUAAUGGAAUCUGGAAAGAACCCACCAAACAACCGCAGUGAAGAAAAUCAAACAAUAGUUGAAUCUGGAAAAAACCCAGAGAACUAUUGCAGUGAAGGAAAUCAAUCUAUAAUGGAACCUGGAAAAAAUCCAGAGAACUACUGCAUUGAAGAAGAUCAAAGAAAAAUCAAAUCUAGAAAGAACCCAGAGAGCUGCACUGAAGAAAAUCAAACAAUAAUCGAAUCUGGAACGGAUUUAGCCAACUACUGCAGUGAAGGAAAACAAACAAUAACGGAAUCUCGAAAGAAUCCAGAGAACUACUGCAUUGAAAAAAACGAAACGGUAAUAGAACCAGAAAAGAACCCAGAGAGCUGCAUUGAAGACAAUCUUACAAUAAUAAAAUCUAAAAAGAACCCAGAGAGCUGUAUUGAAGAAAAUCUAAUAAAAUUAGAAUCUGGAAAGAAGUCAGAAAGCUGCAAUGAAAAAAAUCUGAAGUCGGCAUCUGAAAGUCUGACUGAAGAAAAGGAAGCAAUAGCGAUAGAUGGCCACCAUGAAAGUCAAGCUAAAGAAAUUGUAACAAAUAUUGAGUGUGAGAAAGUUCCUGGAGGUCAGAUUGUAAAAGCAUUUACAACAGAGGAGUCUGAUAAAACCCCAGAGAUUCCAGUUGAAGAUCAUGUCGUCAAAGAUAUGUUGGCUUCAAAGGAAACUGAGCCCACACCACAACAAGUCCUUGUCGGAGUUUAUAGCGCAGAGAAUCCAUUCAGUAGAAGCACAGAAAAUCAACUUGAAGAAACCGCAAUCAGUGCUGAUCUACUAGAAAAAGGGUCAGCGGGUAAACCAGAGAGUCCCACUAAGGAAAAUACAACAUCAGUGGACUGUGAUGGAGAGAUGUAUGUGGAAAAAAAUGUAACAGCAUUAGAAGAGCAUGUGAGAAAAACUCUGCCUCUUUCAAAAAAAAGUGAACCCACACCACACAAGCGCCUCACAGGGACUCAUGGCGCAGAGACUUGGUUCGAGGAGAAAGGCAUGGAGUGUGACAGAAAUCCAGAGAAUAAACCUGAAGAAACCGCAAUGGAAGCCAGUAGGUCCUGUGAUGAUCUACAUAGCAUGGAGUCAGACAGUAAACCAGAGAGUGCCACUAGAAUAAAUCUAGCCGCAGAUCCUGACUUAAAGAGUCUUGUAGAAGAAAAUGUACCCGUGAUGGAAAACCAUGUAAGAGAAAGUCUGCAACUUUCAAGAGAAACUGAACCCACACCACAUGAGCUUUUAAUAGGUACUCAUGACACAGAUUUGUUUGGGGAGAAGCACAUGAAGUUUGACAGAAACCCAAAAAAUCAACCUCAACAAACUACAACGGAAGCCAGGAAGUCCUGCGAUAAUCUACAUGAAAUGGAGUCAGACUGUAAACCAGAGAGUCCCACUAAGGAAAAUGUAACACCACUGGAUCCUGACAUUGACAGUCAUGCAGAAGAAAAUGUAACAGUUAUAAAAGAACAUGUAAAAGAAAGUCUGCCACUUUCAAGAGAAACUAACCCCAUAUCAUAUGAGGUCCUAAUAGGAAGUCAUGAUGCAGAUACUUUGUUUGAGGAGAAGCACAUGAAGUUUGACAGAGUCUCAGAGAAUCAACCUCAUGAAACCACAAUUGAAGCCAGUAAGUCCUCUGAUGAUCCACCAAAAAUUGAGUCAGACGGUAAAUCACACUGCCCCAUUCAAAAAAAUGUAACUUCACUGGAUCCUGACAUGAACCCAGAGAAUCAACCUCAAGAAACCACAAUGGAAGCCAGUAAGCCCCGUGAUGAUCUACAUGAAAUGAAGACAGAUGGUAAACCAGAGAGUCCCACUAAGGAACAUGUGACAUUACUGGAUGCUGACAUAGAGAGUCAUGUGAAAGAAAAUAAAACCGUGAUAGAAGAACAUGUAAGAGAAAAUCUACCACGUUCAAGAGAAGCUGAACCCACACCGCGUGAGCUCCUUAUUGGUACUACUGACGCAGAUACUUUGUUUGUGGAGAAACACAUGAAUUUUGACAGAAUCUCAGAGAAUCAACCCCAAGAAACCACAAUGGAAGCCAGUAAGCCCUAUGAUGAUCUACAUGAAAUGAAGACAGAUGGUAAACCGGAGAGUCCCACGGAGGAACAUGUGACAUUACUGGAUCCUAACAUAGAGAGUCAUGUUAAAGAAAAUAUAGCAGUGAUAGAAGAAGAUGUAAAAAAAAAUCUACCACGUUCAAGAGACUCUCAACCCACACCACGUGAGCUCCUUAUAGGUACUCAUGAUGCAGAUACUUUGUUUGUGGAGAAGCACACAAAAUCUGACAAAAACCAAAAAAAUCAACCUCAAGAAACCACAAUGGAAGCCAAUAAGGCCUGUGAUGAUCUACAUGAAAUGGAGACAGACUGUAAACCAGAGAGUCCCACAAAAGAAAAUGUAACUUCACUGGAUCCUGAUAUUGAGAGUCAUGUGGAAGAAAAUGUAACAGUGAUAGAAGAACAUGUAGGAGAAAGUCUGCCACUUUCAAGAGAAACUGAACCCGCACCACAUGAGGUCCUUAUAGGUACUCAUGACGCAGAUACUUUGUUUGUGAAGAAGCACACAAAAUCUGACAAAAAACAAAAAAAUCAACCUCAAGAAACCACACUGGAAGCCAAUAAGGCCUCUGAUGAUCUACAUGAAAUGGAGACAGACGGUAAACCAGAGAGUCCCACAAAAGAAAAUGUAACUUCACUGGAUCCUGAUAUUGAGAGUCAUGUGGAAGAAAAUGUAACAGUGAUGGAAGAACAUGUGGGAGAAAGUCUGCCACUUUCAAGAGAAACUGAACCCACAACACAUGAGAUUCUUAUAGGUACUCAUGACGCAGAUACUUUGUUUGUGGAGAAGCACAUGGAAUCUGACAGAAUUCCAGAGAAUCAACCCCAAGAAACCACAGUUGAAGCCAGUAAGUCCUCUGAUGAUCUACCAAAAAUGGAGUCAGACGGUAAACCACACUGCACCACUCAAGAAAAUGUAACCUCACUGGAUCCUGACAUAAACCCAGAGAAUCAACCUCAAGAAAUCACAAUGGAAGCCAGUAAGCCUUGUGAGGAUCUACAUAAAAUUAAGACAGAUCGUAAACCGGAGAGUCCCACUGAGGAACAUGUGACAUUACUGGAUCCUAACAUAGAGAGUUAUGUUAAAGAAAAUAUAGCAGUGAUAGAAGAAGAUGUAGGAAAAAAUCUACCACGUUCUAGAGAAACUCAACCCACACCACAUGAGGUCCUUACAGGUACUCAUGACGCAGAUACUUUGUUUGUGGAGAAGCACACAAAAUCUGACAAAAACCUAAAAAAUCAACCUCAAGAAACCACAAUGGAAGCCAAUAAGCCCUGUGAUGAUCUACAUGAAAUGGAGACAGACUGUAAACUAGAGAGUCCCACAAAAGAAAAUGUAACUUCACUGGAUCCUGAUAUUGAGAGUCAUGUGGAAGAAAAUGUAACAGUGAUAGAAGAACAUGUAGGAGAAAGACUGCCACUUUCAAGAGAAACUCAACCCACACCACAUGAGCUCCUUACAGGUACUCAUGACGCAGAUACUUUGUUUGUGGAGAAGCACACAAAAUCUGACAAAAACCUAAAAAAUCAACCUCAAGAAACCACAAUGGAAGCCAAUAAGCCCUGUGAGGAUCUACAUGAAAUGGAGACAGGCGGUAAACCAGAGAGUCCCACAAAAGAAAAUGUAACUUCACUGGAUCCUGAUAUUGAGAGUCAUGUGGAAGAAAAUGUAACAGUGAUGGAAGAACAUGUAGGAGAAAGUCUGCCACUUUCAAGAGAAACUCAACCCACACCACAUGAGAUCCUUAUAGGUACUCAUGACGCAGAUACUUUGUUUGUGGAGAAGCACAUGGAAUCUGACAGAAUUCCAGAGAAUCAACCCAGAGAAACCACAAUUAAAGCCAGUAAGUCCUCUGAUGAUCUACAUGAAAUGGAGUCAAACGGUAAACCACACUGUCCCACGAAAGAAAAUGUAACCUCACUGGAUACUGACAGAGAGAGUCACAUGCAAGAAAAUGUAAUAGUGACAGGAGAACAUGUAAGAGAAAGUCUGCCACUUUCAAGAGAAACUGAACCCACACCACAUGAGGUCUUUAUAGGUACUCAUGACGCUGAUACUUUGUUUGGGGAGAAGCACAUGAAAUCUGACAGAAUCCCAGAGAAUCAACCUCAAGAAACGAUAAUGGAACCCAGUAAGCCCUCUGAUGAUCUACAUGAAAUGGAGUUUGACGGUAAACCAGAGAGUCCCACUAAGGUAAAUUUAACCUCGGUGUAUCCUGACAUUGAGAGUCAUGUGGAAAAAAAAUUAACCGUGAUAGAAAAACAUGUGACAGUGAUAGAAGAACAUGUAAAAGAAGGUCUGUCACUUUUUAAGGAUGUAAAACCCCUGCCACAAGAGGUCCUCGUAGAAGGUAGUUCAGAGGUCAAUCUAAUUGUGACUGAUAAUGAAGCAGAAACAGCAAUGGUGUCUGAAGCACAAAAGAGUGAAGAAAAUGUAACAGAGAAGCUGUCACUCUUAAAGGAACACAAACCACAAGAGUUCUUCAUUCAAAGUCAAAUUAAGAAACAAAGUGAGGGUCCAAGUGAAAAAUAUAUAAUGGCCACACAGCCUGAUAGCAAUCCAGAGAGGCAGACUGAAGAAAUCACACCACCACCAAAGGUCCUUAUAUGCAGUGUUAAUACAGUUGAGGACAGCCAAAUGGAGUCCAUUGAAAACCCAGAGAGCCAGACAGAAGUAAGUGUUGUAAUUAAAUCCACUUUUCCCGGGGAAUCAUUGUCGUCAUCCGAACACAAGCAGGAGCAAGUGCCAAAUUCUUUUGACGUCAACAGAACAACUGAGGUGUUGACACAUGACACAGUUGAUGAGCAAAAUGGAACAAUGGAGGUGUCCUCUGAAUGUGUCACCGUCUUGGUGAGUCCGACAGAUGUGGAAGUGACGGCAGAGGGAAGUUUUGAUUCGCAAGAGGAAAUCAACAGCCACAAUGCUAAUGAUGAUACAGACAUACCAGCUGUUGAAGAGAAUGUGAUGGAAAGUGUGGAAAAAGAAAAUGAGUCCUUUGACUAUUCCACAGCACUGAUGAAUAAAAUGAGCGUUCAGGCUUCAACAGCAACUGAAAAUGCAAAGCAUCCUGCCUAUUUACUGGAAGCAAACAGUCACAGCAACAUUGAUGGAACAAUAGAUGUAUUGAUUAGUGAAAGAACUGAAUCUAUGGAACAUGAAGACUACUUGAACUUGGAGCACGUUCAGGAGAAUGCAAAUCAAGAAAUGAUGACAAAUGCAAAAAUUCAGGAAGUAUCUACUAAUGCCCAAAAUGAUUUAAAGAGCUGUGGAAAUGAAUAUCUCCCCCCCCCAGAGAAACCACAAGUGACGACAACAUUUGCCGAGAAGUCGGACACAGUGGAAGUAGGUCAAAACAGCCCGGGUGUUCCUGAAAAUUAUUCUGUAUUUGCAGUUGACUUCCAGGUGCAGACCGCAAAAGACGUGAUAAUGAAACUCCCGGUGGAAGCACUAGGGGAUAUUAGCCCAACACAUGUGGAGAUACAUACAAUAACAGGAGACACAUCUUCUAAAGCACUCGCAGAAAAAAGCCACAAGAGGCUGGAAGUUGCUGACACACACCUGUCACCUAAAACUCAGACUGAAACAUCACAAAAUACGAAGCAUAAAGACUCUCCUAGAUGUGAUGCCGCUCAGGAGCAUCAGGCUACAUUAGCAUCUAAGAUUGCUAACACAUCGGAGACACAAAUCAUGCAAGGUCAAACAGAAAAAAUGACCACGGCAUUAGAAACUUGUCACAUGACACAUGUUGAAAAUGUCAUGACAGACGGUUCUCCCAAUAAUGAAGAAAAUCAAUUCAAAUAUGAAGCAAUGUCGACACAGGAAUAUCCUCAUCACACCUCCAUAGUAGAGAAAAGAAACGAGAAGCAAGGUGUCACUAAAGUUUGUACAUCCUACACAGCUGAUAUUCAGAAGUUCACAGUUGUUUCCACAAAUGACUGUAAUGAAAACAAGCAUUGUGUGGGUGCCACAGACAUAGAAAUGGAUCUGGAGACAUUAACAGAAAAAGUGUCCAAAGCAGAGAAAGCCCAUGAAUUCAUUCAAAAAGGUCCUGUUGUUUCAAGCUCUGAGGAACAGAAGGUCAUAAAGGAGGUUGUCACCAAGAGUUUGAACAUAGCUGUAAGCAAAGUAGAAGUUAACUUGCCAGCAGCAACAGAAGCACUCGAUUCAACCUCUAAUCCAUUUUUUGCAGUCCAAAGCAUCAGUGAAUUGCCCUGUUUAAAAGUGGACUUUGAGAGUGUGGAGAAUGAGGGCAGGACCCAUGGUAUUAUUCCAGAGGGCCCACUAAGUGAUACAACUGUAACGGACACUUGUAAUGCAGUGAUUAAUGUAGUACAACAUGUCAAUGAGGUGGAGAAAAUCACUUUGACAAAUGAAAGUCAAAAAUCCAUCGCCGAUGUGGGGAAUACCCAGGAAGAAAAAGAGCUUGAUACACAUCUAGAUCCUAUGGAUGUUAGAAGUAAAACUGUGGAACCAGUAGAAUUUGUAUCAGAAGAUGAGACAUGUAAGCAAGAAAUUAGUAAAGCCAAAGAAGAGGAUUCAUUUGUUACUACUACUGAGAGGUCUGACAUAACUCAUAGAGAAGCAUCCGGAAGCAGGGGCGGUGAAGUGUUGGUUUGUGACCAAUCCGAGGACUCUCCUACUGUGUUUAACGUCUCAGACGAGCAGAGUGACACAGUCAGUCAAAGCCAGAUUGUGUAUGAGCCAAUUAGUAGUCCAGAGAGUAAUGCAGAUGGGGAUGCUGUUACAGCUGUGGAGAAGCAGGAUUUUGUGUCUAUGGAGGACACACAGACUGCCCAACUUAUGAAAGAGGACUUGUUUGCUCAUGAAAGCGUGGUCACCAGUAAAUCGCAGCUGGAGAACGAGAAAUUGACUACAGAAGAACAAUCAGCAGUAGAAACGAUGGCGGUAGAACAAAGCGCCACAGUUUCUGAGGUGAAUAGCCCAUCUGCAGUAAUCGGCUCGAGCGUCGCUAUCAACACAACAGCAGAUGACUUUGCACAGGAAAAAGAAAGUGUGUCAACAGAGCCAGAGUGUGUGUUGGCUGCACAGCUUUGUGGACCGCUGCAAGAGGACAUCCCAGCCAUAUCUGCAGUGGAGAUAGCAGCUGGUACAACUGAGCGGUAUCUGAUCCUCGAACCAGUCCUUGAAAACAAAAUUCACUUCGAUAUUGUUUCUCAAGCCGCAGCUGCAUCAGGCCUAUCUUCUCCUUGCUAUGAUAACGUUCACCCAGAUAGUACUUUCACGGCUGACGUGGAAAGUCAAACUGCUUCAAAUGGACCUCAAGAGACCUUCCUCUCAGAGACUGACAUUUUGCAAAGCCAAACACCUGCUGAGGUCAGUGGUGCUGUAGCUGAAGAGGCAGGAGGAGUAACUGCCCCACCUGUGGAGGAAACUGCCCAACUUAUCGAAACUCCAGACAAUUUCCUUCAGCCACAGCAAUGUGGUGAUAGUGACUUUGCACUGCAGGAAGUGCAAAUUUUGGAGGACAUGGAGAUCGGUAGAGAGAUUGUUGUGGCCGAUGAGGGAGAUGGUUACAUUAACAUUAUAGAAAACACUGAUGAAACAAUUCCAAUACCUCCUCUUCAAAAGACAGAGGAAAGGCUAAGUGACAAAAAGGAGAAUGAAGGUGCUUCAAAGACGAACAAUUUAACUGAAAAGGACGAUACCAAAAAGACACGAGAGGUUGAGAAACCCAAGAAGCAAGAAAUGAACACUCAAGCAAGGACCAAAGCUCGUCUUGCAGCCUUAGCUGAGCAGAAAGCUGCCGCCAUGAAGAAGGCUGCCAACAAACAGCAACUCAACCUCUUAGCCCUUUGUCAGGAAAUUGCUGAGGACAUAGCCACAGACAGCAUGCUGUUAAAGAGGAUCGAGGAAGAAAAGCAAGCGGCAGCCAAAGGUGAGGCCAGUAAGAAGGAGAAUCCCGCUGUUAGCAUGCAGGAAUCAGCCACCACUGACGUCAAGACUCCCACUGAAUCAGAAAGCUCCUCAGCUUUAAUGACCCCUGCUGAGAAGACACCUGCAGUGCAGCCUUCAGCUGCUGAGUCCAAACCUUCUGAGGAUCCCCCAAAGAGGCGCUUCUUCAUCUCACAAGUAACGGUGCCCCUUAAGGUCCAUGAGAAAAAGAAGCUGACUCGCUAUCAAAGACUGAGACAGGUUGAACUACAAAGGGAAAAAAUGUCCUGGGCCCGCAUGAAGAAGAUGAAGACUGACCAAGCCAAUCAAAUGCUUUCAGAUAUGAACUGGCAAGCUUCAAUGUUCACACCUGCUUUGUCUGUCAAUGUAGUGAGCACCGAUGCUGCACCCAAAGAUAGUUCUUCCUCUCCUCCAAGUCCUGUUUCAAGUAGCAUAUCUACAACACCCAAACCAGAAGUUCCUGAGGCUGAGACUCAAAAAUGUGAAACUGACAAAGAGGAACCACCUAAAGUUGAAGCUUCCAAGGCUAAACUUGAUGUUAAAACUGACCUUACAAAAACAGAAACACCGCAGACUGAGCCUGCUAAAGCGGAAAAUACUAGAAUAACAAGACAAAGUAAGGCUCAGGCCUCUAAAGUAACGCCUACCCCAGCUCCUUCUCCAAAAGUGACUAGAUCCUCAACCAGGAGGUCACUACCAGCUGUGCCCCCACCUAUGCCCAACGGACUUAAGGCUACAAAGCCCAAGCCUGUCGAGUACAAGCCAUACAAACCACGGCCCAGGUAUUCAUUUGAUGACUUUGAACUAGAUGAUGACCCCUUACCAGCACCCCCCAAGAAGUCAAUUCCCCCAUCCAGGACUUGCCAAGUCAGCAGUCAGUCUAGUACUCUGGCCCAGUGUAAACCCACACUUCCUGCAAAGCCAUUGCAGCCUCCAAACCAGUCCAAACCAAAACCUUCAAUCGCUGCUUGUGGACAGAUCUCAGUUCAGUCAAAGUCUGUUAUUUCAACAACUGCUCAGUCAAAACCUUCCAGUUCUUCUCCCCGUGCCACAACACCCAUAACUCAAGCCCUGGUUAAAGCUGCUCUUUCAAACCCAGCUCAAUCAAAAGCUUCAGUCCCAACGACCCUUCAGACAAAAUCUGCCUCGGCUUUUAGUCAGUCGCAGAGUGCAGCCUCAGUGUCACCCCAACUUAAAGCUGGUAAUGCUGCAGCUCCCAGCAGACCUUCAACAGCAUCUAACACAACCCAGGCAAAACCGUCUGGUCCUAAAUUGGAUGUAGAUCCAGGUCCUUCGGAAACCCCCCCGGCUCAGUCUGCAACGGACGCUGAAAUUAAGGUGGCUGCUGGUUUGCAUUCAGCAUGUUCACCUCCCUCGAAGGAGAGCUCAGAUCAGUCUAAUGUGCAGCAAUGUGAAGAAAAACCUACAGCCAGCGGUGUUGAUCAGUGCCCACAGACUAAAAGCGUCAAGAGAGCACAGGAGACUUUAGAAAGGCCUUGUCAAGACGGUCCUGUGAAGCAGCAAGAUGGAGAGACUCCCCUGUCUGAUGCUUGUCUGCAAAGAGAAGUCAAAAAACUAAAAGAGGCUGACAAAGAUGGCACCCAAACUAUUAUUGAUGCAGGUCAGAAGCAUUUUGGUGCAGUGGCCUGCAGCGUGUGUGGGAUGCUGUACUCCGCCGCCCACCCUGAAGACGAAUCUCAGCAUUUGCUCUUCCACAACCAGUUCAUCAGCGCUGUGAAAUAUGUGGGAUGGAAAAAGGAGAGAAUCCUGGGAGAAUUCCCUGAUGGCAAGAUAAUUCUAGUCCUGCCAGAUGACCCAAAAUAUGCUCUCAAGAAGGUGGAAGAGAUUAGGGAGAUGGUGGACAAUGAUCUGGGCUUCCAGCAGGUGGAGACCAAGUGUCCAUCGCAGACCAAAACCUUCCUCUUUAUCUCAAACGACAAGAAAGUGGCCGGCUGCCUUAUAGCAGAGCACAUUCAGGAGGCCUACAGGGUGAUUGAAGAGACAGCUCCUGGCAUCUCAGAAGGAGAGAAGGUGAUGUUUGAGCGCCAGAGGGCUUGGUGUUGCUCCACCACAGCCGAACCAGCCCUCUGCGGGAUCAGCCGCAUAUGGGUGGUCAGCAUGAUGAGACGCCGCAGCAUCGCCUCCCGCUUGGUUGAGUGCCUCAGGAACAACUUCAUAUACGGUUCUUACCUGAGUAAAGAUGAGAUCGCUUUCUCCGACCCGACCCCCGACGGGAAGCUCUUCGCCACAAAGUACUUUGGCACGUCUCAGUUUUUGGUAUAUAACUUUGUGAGUGGAACACACUCCUCCCAGCCCAAAACUGUUUCAGUAUGACAUUCACCAGGAGAGGUGAGGAUGAAUUUAACCGAGACGCUCAGAGACCAAGUGGACUAAAACGUGUCUAACUGAGUCUUCAAUUGUGGGGAGGUAACAAAAAGACUAAAUUCCUUCAGAAAGGAUACUGAUUGGUUCAAAUCUCAGGAUUAAAACAACACUGCGUUGUUGGAAAAUACAAAUUCACCCUUUAAUCCCAACCAAGUCAACACAUUUAUUAGUGGAAAAAAAUCAUGUGUCAUCGUUUUUAAAAUAUUUUAAAUGAUUUUAGAUUUUGUCUUUAACCAUUCCUAAGUUACUACAAUGACGUUGUCACAUUCAAAACAUGUUUAAAAGUCACAGCUGCUCAAUUUUUAAACACUUAACAUUUUUACUCCUCCUUUGACUUGAUCAUGUUUAAUUGUCACACAAACUAAUCAUGUUAACAAUGUGCUUCAGUCUGAGAAUUUAAUGCCCGCUGGUUUUCUCUGAAGAACUCAUGUUUAGAAGUGUAGCUUGGGCAUUAAAAAGGUGCUCCUAACUUUCUUUAGAUCACCUUGCUCGAACUGUGAUGUGUUCCAAGCUGAGCCAUAUCCUGUCCGUUCACAUAGCAGGGCAUUGUAACCUACUAUACUGUAUCAAGUGUCUUUUUCAUUUCACCAUUUGCUUUGAUUGUGCCUGAAUUGAACAGUGUUUGACUACAAAUGCUAAUUUUUCUCCCCCAAACCUUUCUAGAAUUAGUUCACAAUAUCAUCCCCUAUUCCUUAGUAACUUCCACUGUAUAGUAUUUCAACGUGUAGAUAAAUGCAUACUAUAACGACAUUUAUAAUAAACCAUGUAAAAGGUCUUAAGGCUCCAGUGUUAAAUGGUGUUGCCGCAAUGGUGCAUAGCGUCCAAAUGUUAUCCCUUAUUUUCAUCUUGCAUCAGUUACUUUUAGAGACUUGCGCUGUGCAAAAUAGAUUUGAUUUAUACAAAGUUGCUCUGUAAAUAUUUAUUUAAAUAAUAAACUCAGAAAACAUUGCUGCCUGCUC